AUGGCGAACCACGGUCAACCCUCGGAGCCAACGCCUAUGCCACACUGCUUGGCGGUUCCGUUUCCAACCCAAGGCCACAUCAACCCGAUCCUCGAAUUCUCCAAGCGCCUAAUCCCCAAAGGAAUCCGGGUCACUCUCCUCCUCACCCCUUUCAUCUCCAAAUCCAUCUCCGCCCGAGACCGGACCCGAAUCUCCGCCCUCGAAAUCGGCCUCGAAACGAUCGCCGACGGCCACGACGAAGAAGGCUGCCCGACUGGGGUCGGGGCCCAGAGGUUCGACGCCUACGUGCGCACAUUCCGGGAAAUCGGUUCCAAAGCUCUGGCUCGACUGGUUCAGAGGAUGGCCGAUUCAGGGGAGUCCGUACACUGCAUUAUCUACGAUUCCAUCAUCCCCUGGUGCCUGGACGUGGCAAAGGAAUUCGGGAUCCUGACUGCCGACUUCUUCACGCAGUCGUGUGCGGUGGACGCCAUUUAUUACGGGGUUCGUGAGGGAAAGGUGCCGGUUGGGGAAACGACUGGUUACAAUUUUGGGGUGAUACCCGGAUUGCCGGCGUUGGAGCGGCGGGACUUGCCGACUUUGCUGCACGACUGUGGGCCGGACCCUGACCCUUUUGGGCUCAUUUUGGGCCAGUUCUCUAACGCGGAGCAGGCCGAUUGGGUUCUCUGCAACUCUGUUCUGGAAGUGGAACAAGAGGAAUUAAGCUGGCUUUCAAACUUCCUGCCCUUCACGACCGUCGGACCGACCAUACCAUUACCGUACUUAAACAACCAGCACGACAACGACGACACAGACUUACACGGACUGAGCAUCUUCAAGCCCUUCAACGAAUCCACUUGCGCAAAUUGGCUUGAAACCAAGCCGAAACAUUCCGUCGUCUACGUCUCUUUCGGCAGCAUAGCGGGCCUGGCCGCAGACCAAAUGGAGGAGCUCUUUUGGGGGCUGAGAAAUAGCAACCACUACUUCCUCUGGGUGGUGAGGCAAUCCGAAGAGUCCAAGCUCCCCAAGGAAUCCGAACUCUCCGCGGCCGCGGCGGCAGAGAGAGGGCUCAUAGUGCGGUGGUGCUCGCAGCUGGAGGUUCUGGCGAGCGAGGCCGUGGGGUGUUUCGUGACGCACUGCGGGUGGAAUUCGACGCUGGAGGGGCUGAGCUUGGGUGUCCCCAUGGUGGCGGUGCCGCAGUGGUCGGACCAGCCGACCAAUGCCAAGUACGUAAAAGACGUGUGGAGAGUUGGCGUGAGAGUGGUCGAAGGUGGCGGUGGUGAGAGCGGGGCGGUGGUCGGAAGGGAGGAGAUCGAGAGGUGUUUGAGGGAAGUGAUGGAGGGGGAGAGUGGGGAAGAGAUUAGGAGGAAUAGUGAGAAGUGGAAGAAUGUGAUCAGGGAAGCGGCGGGUGAAGGUGGAAGCUCUGGUUCCAACGUUGGGGAUUUUGCUGCUAGUUUGAUAAGCAAAUCACGUUUGGUUGGGUUAGGGUUGUAA